CCUUGGGCUCCGCUAGGCGCAGCUCGUUGGCCAGUGCUCAGACAGCAGCAGUGAGGUCGGUGUGCUUAACUAUUGCUGUGCGAGGCUCUCCGGUUGGACCCAGCUCGGCUCGGCUCUUCCCCCGACGCCGUGAUGGCCGCUCGCUGGUCCUCUUGCUCCUGGCGGCCCAGCGCUCGACUAGCUCGUUUCACGCCGACUGUGCACUACUGCAGGGCAUUGGAACCUACACAUUCUAUUCUCAACGUUGUCUGUGUCGGCAGCACACGAGGCUAUGCCGCUCCGGCCGGCGGAAGCAGCAACAACAACAACAACAACAACAGCAGCAGCACCGUCCCUUCUGCCUCUGCAUCUGCCUCGCCUUCUAAUGCUGCUGCCUCCAAGGGCAAGAGAACCUUCAGCACAUCUGCUGCAUAUCAGCGCCAACGCCGUACAGAGUGGGGAGUCAUUGCUGUAGCAGGUUCGGCUGCCGCCCUCAGCGGCUGGUGGUACUGGUACCGCAUUCGACCAAAACGAGCAGCAGCAGCGGCAGCGGCGCAACAGCACACCGUGCAACAGAACGCGACGCGUUCCUUCUCCCUCUCUUCCCGCACCAGCUUCUCCAUCGCCUCCAGGUCCGCCUCGGCUGGAUCCACAGGGGCAGGCGGCGCAGCGUACAAGAUCAUCACCUCCCUCACCCCCAGCGAGGUCGACCGCGUUCUGCGCGAGAACGAGCGCUCCACCACGGUCGAUCGCCCCGCUCGCAGCUGCCUCGUUGCGCGAUAUGACACCAACAGCGUGGCCAGCAACGACCCCAUCGAGGAUAAGCGCGCCGAGGUCAUCGUAGAGCGCGACACACCCGUCUACAACCCCCGUGCUGCUGCUGCUGCCGGUGCGGGUGCAGUCGCUGCCCCUUUAAUCUAUGGCGACUUGUGCUUUUUUGCCGUCAUGGACGGCCAUGCAGGGUACGCGACCUCGACGCUCCUGUCCCAGAAGCUCAUUGCCUUUGUCGCGCUUGAGCUCGAUAAGGUGUUCCGUGAAAAGGGAGAGUACGCACAGAUCGCAAAGGCCAAGGCAGCUAUGCCGGGCAGCAUGUGGAGCAUGCUCUUCGGCGCCAGCGGGGAUGCUCCCUCGUCGCUCGGAACAACCAUCAGCAAGGCGCUCGUUGCGCGGGGGGGCUCGGCAUCAAAAGUCGUCACUUCUUCUCCGCCAACCUCGCCUCCCGCCGGUUGUGCUGGCUUGGACGGAGAUCCAGACAUUGUCCGGCGCGCCAUCGCCAAAGCGUUCAAGAGCCUCGACAAGGAGAUCUGCAAUACGCCAAUUGAACUGCUAAAAGAGUACGAAAUUUCCCUCGCCGCGUCCAAACCCGCCGUUGGCGGCGGCGGAAGCAUCAACUCGCGCGCUGCGCCAUCGCGCGUCGUCACCGCCGCCUCGAGCUCUGGUGCAGGCUCCUCGCGGAGCCUGUCGAGCCUGGCACACUCGAUUUUCCCAAGCAAUUACCUGACUGGGUCCAGCUUCACACAAACACAGCGUACUGCGUACGAGGCCAUCCUACCCGCGCUGAGCGGCUCCUGCGCGCUGCUGACAUACAUCGAUAGCGCCCGUGGCGAUUUGUACGUCGCGUGCACCGGCGACAGCAGGGCCAUCGCUGGCUGGUGGAGGGAGAAGGAAGGCCGCUGGGAGAUCGAGCCGCUCAGUGUCGAUCAGACAGGCAGGAACGAGGCAGAGGCGAAGAGGAUGCGAUCAGAGCAUCCAGUUGCCGAAGCGGACACCGUCAUCAUGCGCGGAAGAGUGCUCGGAGGCCUGGAGCCGACGCGGGCAUUCGGCGAUGCACGCUACAAGUGGGACCGUUCGCUUCAGGAGAGGCUGUAUGAAGCCUUUCUACCCGGCGGUCGAGCUAGCGCUCGACCGCCACCCAAGUACCUCCAAACCCCGCCUUACGUCACGGCCGAGCCGGUCAUUGAGGUCCGCAAGAUCUCCAGUGGGCUUCUCGCCUCUCCGUCCCCAGCGGCAGCAUCAUUCGGCCCUGAGGAUUUGGCAAGUGCUGCAGAAUCGGCACCGCCCGAGCGCGAUCUCAAAUUCGUCGUCAUGGCCACUGAUGGGUUGUGGGACAUGAUGAGCAACGAGGAGGUCGGCUCGCUUGUUGCGGGCCAUCUGGCAGGCCUCAAGGGCGACGUGCUCGCCAGCACGCUGCAGGCGCAGUGCUUUCCGUCACCAGCUGCUGCUGCCGCGGCUAGCAAGGGCGCAGGCGCGCCACCGGUGCUGUCGCCUCCGGGCUCGGCGCGCGGAGCGGCAGCCUCCCAGGCGAAUCAGCAACCGAACGGCGGCCCGGAUGCCAGCGCCCUCUUCCUUUCGCAGGUGCAGCAAAAACAACAGCAACGCGACGCGGGGCACCCGCUCAACAGGGCUCCGCAGCAUCUCAAGACAUUCACGUUCGAAGACACCAACAUCAGCACGCAUCUCAUUCGCAACGCACUCGGCGGUGCGCAGAGAGAGCGCGUCGCGGGCCUUCUGGCCAUCCCAGCCCCUGAGAGUAGGAGCUAUCGCGAUGAUAUCACCGUCAACGUCAUUCUCUUCAACGACUCGAGGGCACCAGCGCAAGCUGCAAAUGUACAAGAUGGAAAGGAGAGUGAGACACUGAUCAAGUCAAAAUUGUAGUCUUGCAGUAGACAAGAAACCGAGCAUUGUUUGUAUGCGUG